CUCGUUCACAUCUCACCGGUGGUGUUGCCCCGUCUGUUUGCGGCUCGGGAGAAGAUGGCGGCGCGUAGUGGUUUUCAGCCUGCGACACCCGGAGGCGGCGGAGCCCCAAUGGGACCCGGGCCGCCGGUAGCCGGUGCAGGGCCCGUAAUGGGUCCCGGUACGCCCUCAGGACGGAUGGGGCCCGGCGGCCCGCAGAACCAUAUGUAUCGAUCACCGAUGCCCGCAUACCCGAGACCGGGAAUGCCUCCAGCCAAUCGUAUGACCCCUCAGGGACCCUCCAUGGGACCCCCAGGUUACGGGGCCAGUCCAGUGUCCCGCCCCGGUAUGCCAGUCAUGGACCCGUCCCGCAAGCGACCGCCGCCAAAUCAGAUCCAACAGGUCCAGCAACAGAAUCGCAACCAACAUGCCAAGAAGAAGAAAAUGGCAGAUAAAAUCCUACCUCAAAGAAUCCGAGAGCUUGUUCCUGAGUCUCAGGCAUAUAUGGACCUGCUGGCGUUUGAGAGGAAGCUUGAUCAGACCAUCAUGCGCAAAAGACUUGAUAUUCAGGAAGCGCUCAAGAGACCCAUCAAGCAAAAAAGAAAACUACGGAUAUUUAUCUCCAACACUUUCAACCCUGCCAAACCAGAUGCAGAGGACGGCGAAGGAACCGUUGCAUCUUGGGAGCUGCGUGUGGAGGGACGACUUCUUGAAGACACUGCUGUGUCCAAGUAUGAAGCCACCAAGCAGAAGAGGAAGUUUUCUUCUUUUUUCAAGUCUUUAGUGAUUGAGUUGGACAAAGACUUGUAUGGACCUGACAAUCAUUUGGUGGAGUGGCACCGAACCGCCACAACUCAGGAGACAGAUGGAUUUCAAGUGAAGAGGCCGGGAGAUGUUGGUGUCCGUUGUACUGUACUGCUUAUGUUGGACUACCAGCCUCCUCAGUUUAAGUUGGACCCCAGACUUGCCCGGUUGCUGGGGAUCCACACUCAGACCCGACCCGUGAUUAUUCAGGCUCUAUGGCAGUACGUGAAGACCCACAAACUCCAGGACCCUCAUGAACGAGAGUUCAUCAACUGUGAUAAAUACCUCCAGCAGAUCUUUGAAAGCCAGAGGAUGAAGUUUUCUGAGAUUCCUCAACGGCUGCAUGCACUACUGAUGCCUCCCGAGCCAAUCAUCAUCAACCAUGUCAUAAGCGUGGAUCCCAACGACCAGAAGAAGACAGCAUGCUACGAUAUAGACGUGGAGGUGGACGACACCCUGAAGACCCAGAUGAACUCUUUCCUGCUGUCCACGGCCAGUCAGCAAGAGAUCGCAGGCCUUGACAACAAGAUCCAUGAGACCAUCGAAACCAUUAACCAUCUGAAGACUCAAAGGGAGUUCAUGUUGAGCUUCGCAAGAGACCCGCAGGGCUUCAUCAACGACUGGCUCCAGUCUCAGUGCAGAGACUUGAAGACGAUGACAGAUGUGGUUGGAAACCCAGAGGAGGAAAGGAGAGCUGAGUUCUACCACCAACCCUGGGCUCAGGAGGCUGUGUGCCGAUAUUUCUAUUCAAAGGUUCAGCAAAGGAGACAGGAGCUGGAACAGGCUCUUGGCAUUCGAAACACAUAAGCAAGCUCGCGGCCGUUACGACACAGGACCAGAGGGGGUUCUGGGUAGCAAAUGUCCUGCUGCUCUGUGCUGCAGACGCUGAUCAUUACAGUUUAUCUUGUGCUGUCCUGCUGUAGCUGCCCAGGAAUACCCCUUAUACAGAAAUUACCUUAUUUUUGUUGUGACUCUGCCAAACUGUUGUCUGCUUAUUUUUACAUAUUUCAAGGUUCCCACGUGACUGAAUCUUUGUCAAGGUGAUUUUGCGAUGCUGUCACUUCGGAAAAUGUAGAUUUCUGACCAAACUGACAGGCUUUGUUGGAUAAUUUUGUUAAUUAUGUAACUAAAUUCCAAACGCAAGAAUGCUCUUAGACAUGCUAAUGUUUGAGCCCAUUCGCCACUUUCCAUAUUAACCAAUCAGCAAGAGUUACUUUUUGGAGGGGUCAUUGUUUAAGUUAUCGAUAUUGUCCUUGAUAUUUUAAUGUUCUCAUAAUAUGAACUUUAUGAAGAUCUAGUCUAGUUAAACAUAGAUGACUGAUAAUGACAUAGUGUAGUACCUCAGCUCUGUGAAGAUGAAUUAUUUGGAGCAAGUUCCUUGAACAAGUCUGUUGACAUUAAAGGUGAGCUCACUUGUUAGCAUUUUCUGCAAUGCUCGAUAUAUAAGAUUUUUUCAUAGCUCAUCUGUUUAAUAGUCGUUUAGGUCCACAAGAUUAGAUGUACUGCUGAUCGACCUGUUUGAUGAUAGAUCUUUUGGUCACAAGCUUUGUCCUGGACUUUAAAGUACUUCCACUCUAACCUCGCUGUGAUAUGUAUUGAUAUAUUUAGAGAAAUGUAUUCAUGGUUUAUUGGUUCAUUUGAUUAAUUCUUAUUAAAGUCAACUUGUCACUCUAUAUGUGAACAAUAUGAAAACCUGCCAGUGCAAGUACUACUAACUGGUCAUGGCUACCCACAAAACGUCUAGGAAAACGGUCAAGUGUUUUAAUGCUGCAGAGAGGCAGUGGGUUCUUCCACUCGAGUAAUUCAAAGCAUUUAGAAGUUAAGUGCUAAAGACUUUAACAUUCUGGGUAGUUUAAGUUUUAACUACAUUUAGUUGUUUUCCUAAAGUCAUGUAUUUGUUUUGAUUUUUAUAUCUUAAAGUCUUGUAUUUCUUUAUUUUCUUUAAUGGACCAAAUGUUGUAUUUCUCUAUUAGCCCUUGUGUUGUAAUAAAGAUAAUCUUGUAUCAA